CCUAGGAGCCCGCCGGUGUUGCCAGCGCGGCAGUGGCGGUUCCCCGUGCUCAAGUCAGCGGGUCCUGUGAGGGCGUACUGAGGCGGCGUAGAGGCGCAGAAGUGGACUAAGGUGAGUCAGGCACCGUCCAAGCGAUCAACAGAGGCAGUUCCACGGCACGCGGCUGACUAAAGUACGUGGGGCCUGUGCCGCAGGUUGUUCGGGGGCUUCGCAGGCUGUUUAGGGGCAGCGUCAGCGAGAGGAGGGUGAGCAGGAGCCAGAGCUCCGUGGCUGCAGUCGUCCUCGCCCUCUGCGCGCCGCCAUCCCCACCAUGCAGUCCCGGGAGGAAACCCCGCGCUCUCGCCGCAUCUCCAGCCCUCGCGGCGGGAGACGGCCCAAGAGAAUUUCCAAGCCCUCGGUUGCGGCCUUUUUCACGGGCCCAGAGGAGCUGAAGGAUUCGGCCCAUUCAGCAACUCUGAUGACACAGCUCAAGUCCUUCUACGACGCGCGGCUGCUCUGCGACGUGACCAUCGAGGUGGUGACACCUGGUAGCGGGCCUGGCACGGGUCGCCUUUUCUCCUGCAACCGCAACGUGUUGGCAGCCGCGUGCCCCUACUUCAAGAGCAUGUUCACGGGCGGCAUGUACGAGAGCCAGCAGGCCAGCGUGACCAUGCACGACGUGGACGCCGAGUCCUUCGAGGUGCUGGUUGACUACUGCUACACUGGCCGCGUGUCACUUAGCGAAUCCAACGUGCAGCGCCUCUAUGCGGCCUCGGACAUGCUGCAGCUCGAGUACGUGCGGGAAGCCUGCGCCUCGUUCUUGGCCAGACGCCUGGACCUGACCAACUGCACCGCCAUCCUCAAGUUCGCAGACGCCUUUGAUCAUCACCAGCUGCGAUCGCAGGCCCAGUCCUUCAUAGCCCACAACUUCAAGCAGCUCAGUCGCAUGGGCUCCAUCAGGGAGGAGACUCUGGCCGAUCUGACCCUGGCCCAGCUGCUGGCCGUGCUGCGCCUGGACAGCCUGGACGUAGAGAGUGAGCGCACUGUGUGCCACGUGGUCUUGCAGUGGCUGGAGGCUGCCCCCAAAGAGCGGGGACCCAGUGCUGCCGAGGUCUUCAAGUGUGUCCGCUGGACUCACUUCACGGAAAAGGAUCAGGACUACCUGGAGGGGCUGCUGAGCAAGCCCAUCGUGAAGAAGUACUGCCUGGACGUGCUUGAAGGGGCCCUGCAGAUGCGCUAUGGCGAUGUGAUGACCAAGACGCUGGUGCCAAAGGCAAUCAGCAGCACCAGCUCAGUGGUAUCGGCAGCAGGAAACCCCCCCCAGAGGAUGGGUAUGUGCGCCAAGGAGAUGGUCAUCUUCUUUGGACACCCCAGAGAUCCCUUUCUGUGCUAUGACCCAUAUUCAGGCGACAUUUACACAAUGCCUUCACCUUUGACCAGCCUGGCUCACACUAAGACUAUCACCUCCUCUGCUGUCUGCGUCUCUCCAGAACAUGACAUCUAUCUAGCUGCCCAGCCCAGGAAAGACCUCUGGGUGUACAAACCAGCCCAGAAUAGUUGGCAGCAACUUGCAGACCGCUUGCUGUGUCGUGAGGGCAUGGAUGUGGCUUACCUCAAUGGCUACAUUUACAUUUUGGGAGGACGAGAUCCUGUUACUGGUGUUAAAUUGAAAGAAGUGGAAUGCUAUAGUGUUCAGAGAAACCAGUGGGCAUUAGUGGCUCCUGUACCCCAUUCCUUCUAUUCCUUUGAAUUAAUAGUAGUUCAGAACUAUCUUUAUGCUGUGAAUAGUAAACGCAUGUUGUGCUAUGAUCCUAGCCAUAAUAUGUGGCUGAACUGUGCUUCUCUUAAACGAAGUGACUUUCAAGAAGCCUGUGUCUUCAAUGAUGAGAUCUACUGUAUUUGUGACAUCCCAGUCAUGAAAGUCUACAAUCCAGCCAGGGGAGAAUGGAGACGUAUUAGUAAUAUUCCUUUGGACUCAGAGACCCACAACUAUCAAAUUGUCAAUCAUGGCCAAAAAUUACUGCUUAUAACCUCAACCACUCCACAGUGGAAGAAAAACCGGGUGACUGUGUAUGAGUACGACACCAGGGAAGACCAGUGGAUUAAUAUAGGCACCAUGUUAGGCCUUUUGCAGUUUGACUCUGGCUUUAUUUGUCUUUGUGCUCGUGUUUAUCCUUCCUGCCUUGAGCCUGGUCAAAGUUUCAUCACUGAGGAAGAUGAUGCACGGAGUGAGUCUAGUACUGAAUGGGACUUAGACGGAUUUAGUGAACUGGACUCUGAAUCAGGAAGUUCAAGUUCUUUUUCUGAUGAUGAAGUCUGGGUGCAAGUAGCGCCUCAGCGAAAUGCACAGGAUCAGCAGGGUUCAUUAGUUUGA